CAUCCGUCUGACGACUUGAGGAGUUGCGUUGUAAUAAAAUUCCUGGUUUUGGGAUAAAUUGGUCAUUGUGCAGUAUUGGGAGCGAGACGCAGGCGCAGAAUGUACGUGAGGGCGGCGCCAACGACGGAUCUGAACCGGAAUACGGAGUGGUUCACAUACCCUGGGGUCUGGACAACCUAUAUUCUCAUCGUCUUCUUCUCGUGGCUCCUCGUCCUCUCCGUCUUCAAUUGCUCCCCAGGCAUAGCCUGGACCGUCGUCAACCUGUCCCACUUCCUCGUCACUUACCAUUUCUUUCAUUGGAAAAAGGGAACACCAUUUUCUGAUGACCAAGGUAUAUACAACAGGUUGACUUGGUGGGAGCAGAUAGAUAAUGGCAAGCAGCUGACUCGCAACAGAAAGUUUUUGACUGUUGUACCUGUUGUUCUGUACUUGAUAGCCUCACACACGACAGACUACCAGCAUCCAAUGCUCUUCUUUAACACGGUGGCAGUUUUUGUGCUGGUGGUUGCAAAGUUCCCACACAUGCACAAAGUUCGUAUAUUUGGAAUUAAUGCUGAUCAAUAAACUGUGAAGAAAUUCAAGUUUGGUUCACUCCGGUUUUUAGGUUGAUCAUUUUGACAUUUGAAUUGAUAUCCCUGCUGCACCUAUGUUAAAACUGGAAAGGGUAUAAUAUUCUUCUUUUGCAAACUGAAUUUUACAUAUUUAGCUGCUAGUACUCACAAUAUUCUGGAGAAGUAGUUCGUUGUAAUCUCUCUUUGUACCAGCUAAUAUUCAUGAACACUGGUGGAGCUAUGCUGUUUUUAUCCAUUAGCUAACAAAAAAUACCUUUGAGUUUGUUUCAAAAA